UAGGACAUCAGUGCUGGAAACCCGGCUGCUUCUCAGAUCCAGGAUUUAGGACCCUGGAGACCCAGGCUGGAUAGUCACAUGAUUGUCAUUUUGUGUUUCAGGCCAAUUAAUGGAACAGAGAAGACAGAGGAAGGAGUAUGAAUUAAUGGAGAGCAGGGCGCGAGAGCUGCAACGUGCACCCAUGGGAGCUGCCAUACUCUGCCUGUUGCUGGCCGGCUGUCUGUUUGAGCAGGUCCGAGGGGACCCAUCGUUCACCAUCGACUACGCCAGAGACUGCUUCCUGAAAGAUGGAGCGUGCUUCCGUUACAUUUCAGGGAGCUUCCACUAUUUCCGAGUGCCGUCCGUCUACUGGAAGGACCGGCUGCUGAAGAUGUACAUGACCGGACUCGAUGCCAUCCAGGUAUAUGUGCCCUGGAAUUUCCAUGAGCCUCAGCCCAGGAUGUUUAACUUUGAUGGAGAUCGUGAUCUGGAACGGUUUCUUAACUUGACAGUGGAACUUGGCCUUCUAGUCAUCCUGAGACCUGGCCCUUAUAUCUGUGCAGAGUGGGACAUGGGGGGACUUCCAGCCUGGCUACUGAAUAAGAAAGCCAUAGCUUUGCGGACAUCAGAUCCACAUUACUUGAACGCUGUGGACUCCUGGCUAUCCGUCCUGCUCCCCAAGAUCAAGCCACGCCUGUACUGCAAUGGAGGAAACAUCAUCAGCGUCCAGGUGGAAAAUGAAUAUGGCAGCUUUCAUGCUUGUGAUUACAGCUACAUGCGCCAUCUGCUGAACAUCUUCCGCAUCUACCUGGGCGAUGAUGUAGUGCUGUUCACAACCGAUGGCAAUACAAACGUAGAGCUGAAGUGUGGGACUUUGCAAGGGCUUUUUGCCACUGUGGACUUUGGACCAGUGGACAAUGCUACAAAGGCCUUUGAAUUAUUGAGAAGAGUGCAGCCCAGAGGACCUCUGGUAAAUUCUGAAUAUUACACAGGCUGGUUGGAUUACUGGGGGGAGAAACACGCUAGCAGCCCAGCUGAACAAGUGAGCCGAGGUCUACAGGACAUACUGAACACCGGAGCCAGUGUCAAUAUGUAUAUGUUUGAAGGAGGCACCAACUUCGGCUACUGGAACGGAGCCGAUUUCAAGAACAUAUAUAAGCCAAUUACAACAAGCUACGAUUAUGACGCACCUCUGACAGAGGCGGGAGACCCCACAGACAAGUUACUGGCAAUCCGCUCAGUGAUUAGCAAGUUCAAGUCAGUUCCAGAAGGACCCUUUCCACCCCCCACUCCAAAAUAUUACUACGGUUUAGUCUCUCUGAAUAAGGUUGGUGCUCUCGUGGAUCUUUUAGACAUUUUCUCAGAGGGUGACCCCUAUGGAACCCAGUACCCCAUUACCUUUGAGGAUUUGAAACAGGCUUUUGGAUUUGUGCUGUACAGGACUCGCCUGCCCUCAGACAUUCCGUUCCCAACUCCUCUUUCAUCGCAAGUUUCUGGCGUCCAUGAUCGAGCAUACAUUUCAGUUGGAGGGAGAUUCUAUGGUGUGCUGGAAAGAGACAGAAUCAGCAAUGUUAAUGUGACGGGGAGUGCAGGAGAAUGGCUGGAUGUCCUGGUGGAAAAUAUGGGCAGGAUUAAUUUUGGAGCUGAUAUUACUGACUUUAAGGGUUUAUUGGGAAACCUGACUCUGGGGGAAGACAUCCUCAGAGACUGGGUUGUGUACUCACUCGAUAUAGAUGGCCCAAUUGCAGCAGGGUGGCCCUAUGUUCCGGAUAAUCACAUCUGGAUGAAUCCGCAAUUGCAGAACAGAACCGGUCCGACCUUCUACAGCGGAACUUUUCAAAUCGGUGCAGUUGGUGACACGUUCUUAAAACUUCCCAAAUGGACAAAGGGACAGGUUUGGAUAAACGGUUUCAACAUUGGGAGAUACUGGCCUGCUCGAGGACCACAGAUCACCCUGUAUGUGCCCAGCAAUAUUCUGAGCUCGUCGCAACUGAAUCGCAUCACCAUACUGGAAUUGGAACAUGCUCCAGAUUGGUCCACGGUCAUCUUUCUGGACCGACCUAUAUUGAAUGGCACUCUAUCAGGGAGAUGA